GCCGUGUUGCUCCCGCCCAAGUCCCCGCAAACCUUCCAAAUUGAUUAGAAUGUCUUAAGUGUUAAUCUCUGCUCAUUUGCUUUCUGCCUUCAUUGAAUGUUUUGUUUCCUUGAGGCUUUCCAGAUUUUGUUGGAAAGCAGCUUCCAUCCUUCCUCACCAUUGGCCAUGCUGGAUGGAGCUGGUGGCCUCAAAGUCCAACAUCCUAUGGAGGGUCAUGAAUUCCUUACUUCUGCCUUAAAAUAUGGGAGGUGGUGGGUGGUGAGCCUGGUCCACACAUGCAUGCUCAUCACUGGAUGACUGCAACACGAUUACUUGUAUGUGUGGGCAUAACACCCUUGAGCCUAUGGCUUCCAUAUGGAGAUCACAUUCAGUGGCAAAUCAUUUGGGACUGGUUCACACAAGAGUAUCUACCCCUGAUAGGAGGAGUGAAGGAGCUGUGGCCCUCCAGAUGUUGUGGGGCUCCAGCUUCUAUCAUCCUUAGCCAACAAGCUCAGUGAUAAGUGACACUGGGAAUUCAGUAACAUCUGGAGGGUCUAUCCUUGCUCUACAGAUUGCUGUUCACUUGAUGGCUGGUAGCUGAAUGUCUGACCUGACUCCGCUGGGUAGUGUUGGGAGUGAAGUGAUAUGGAUGUUCUGUCUGUGAUGUUAGGCUUGUGGUGGCUCCCUUAUGGAUGCAAAGGUCCCCUUGGUUAUCCAGUGAGAAAUAUGUGCCCCUGAACAAGUCCAUAGUCUGUCACUUAGUGCUUGAUCCACCAAAUGUGUGACCCACCCCCGUUGACAAUGUGUUUCACUUGACUUCAUAUGAAAGUUGUCUCUGUGGCUGUUUAAUUGAGGGCUCACACCUGCAGCUUAGUGCCACAUCACACAUGCACGUGAACUAGUGUUAUGCUCAUAACUGGAACUAAUGGUGAAAACUGAGUAUUUGUGCUAGUCUCCCAAUGACUUCCAUUGGUGGUGAGUAGAUCGACCCCAUGGAAAAAGCCUCUAUGUUCCUGUGCUGUGGGAUUCAGGUGUGCAGUGAAUGCAUGCUCAACUUCCUCCAAAACUGCAACAUCAAUGCAGAGGAAAGAUCACCCACGACUACUGGAAGGGCCUAGUCUUCUGGAGCAAGAAAAUGCAGAAAUGCCUCUAAACCCAUGUCUGCAAUCGCACCAAGGUGUGAUUCACAAUUAACUGCUGCAGGCUCAUCUGUCAUAUUUAUGCCCCAUCUCACUUAUUGAGGUACAUAAAAUAAUGGAGGCUACAUAGUUGGUUCCAGUCACUUGGAGGAAACGUAGCUGGAAGCUGCAUUUGGCUGUAGCUAACUGGCCAGCCGACACCCAUUUGGAGGCAUGCAGCUCCCCUUCACAUGCUACAAGUGCCCCACAAACAAGUCUUAAAUCUGCUGCUGUUACGUGUGAGCUAUUCCUCUGAUGUCACACUGAGGACACAAGACAAUGGCCUGGUACAUCCAUACAUGACCCAGCCUCCAUUGCUCAGCCCUUCAGUACUAUGACCAAGGUGCUUUACAGCUGAACAUGUGAACCAAUCCCAUGAAAACAUGUUGGAUUUGUGUGGUGUGGGGUGCUACAAAAAAUUCUGGUUCUGGUGUUAAAUUAUCUAUGCUGAACCGUUUGUCCGUGUUUGCCUUUGAUGUUGCAUGUCCUGCACCAUGCUUGUCUCUAUUAGCCCACAGAGUGCCUUGCUGCUUAACUUAUAUCUGCUGAAUUUGUAGCGCAUCUCUGCCCAUAGCUGCCAAGUUCUCCCUUUUUUUAAGGGAAAUUCCCUUAUGCUGAAUAGGCUUCCUCACGAGAAAAGGGAAAACUUGGCAGCUAUGUCUCUGCCAUCUGGAUUUGUUUUUAGCGAGCUGGCUCAGAAUGCAAAGUGUCCUGAGAUAGCUUAGUACAUAUGAGAACUCAGAAAGCCUGUGUUGGAUUUGCCCAGUGCAUGCUUAAGAUAGUUGUGUCUUUGCAAUGCACACUCUAUCUUUUCUGUAUCUCUUCUGGGUGUAAUACACCAACCCUUUUCAGAAGGGAUCUUCAUUCUGCUAUUAUAAUAUUGAAACACUUUCUGCUCUCAUUUUUCUCAUCAGAAUGUUGGAAAGUGAUCCCGUCAAAAGGGCAGAGUCAGAAUAUCUACUCCUCUGGCCCCUUAAAUGUCAGUCCAUGCAAUCUUGGCUGCAGGAUAAUCUUGGCUUUGGGUCAUUUCUUGGAAUUAUUGGAUCAAAUUUGAUUGAAAAUAAAAGGCAAAUGCUGGUUGCUUCAAUCGUGUUCAUCAGCUUUGGCGUCAUCGCUGCCUUCUGCUGUGCAAUUGUAGAUGGAGUGUUUGCUGCCAGGCACAUAGAUCUCAGGCCACUGUAUGCAGGACGAUGUCACUACUAUUCCAAAAGUACAGCUCAGCCAGAGGCAGUCUGCCACCCCCCACACCGCAGCCCCUGUACGCCCAAGAUAAAAGGCAACACCUGCUUCUGCUGCGACCUCUACCACUGUGGGAGAGUGGAGAUUUCCGGUGGUUAUUACGAGUACAUUGACGUCAGCAGCUGCCAAGAUAUCAUUCACCUUUACCACCUGCUCUGGUCAGCAACCAUUUUGAACAUCGUGGGCUUGUUUCUCGGGAUCAUCACCGCUGCAAUCCUAGGAGGCUUUAAAGAUAUGACUCCCUCACUUCCUGCUCUAAACUGCACAGUUGAAAAUGCACGGCCCACUGUAUCUUACUACUCAAGACCCCAGGUGACGUCAUACAAUACAUACUACCACAGCACGCCUCACCUGCCGCCGUAUUCAGCAUAUGACUUCCAGCAUUCCAGUGUCUUCCCGGCCUCCACACCAUCUGGCCUUUCUGACGAUCCUCCAUCGCUGUCGCCGUCGCCAAGCUACGUCUGGUCCCCUACUGCUCCUCCUCGAUACUCCCCACCGUAUUUUCCACCUUUUGAAAAGCCACCACCUUACACGCCAUGAAGGAAGGACGGGUAGAAACUGUGCCGCUGGGGCUAAUUGUGAAACCUUUUUGUACUGGAGGGAGGGUGGGGAAGAGAGGAGGGGGCACACUUAUUACAUAGCAUACAUAAGAAAUUUAAAAUAGGGGAACCCUGCAACACUCUUUCCAUAGACCAGGCCUAGGCCAAAUUGAUGCUAACUGCCAGCGGCAAGAAGGGAGAAAUCCUAUAUUCAGCACCUGUAGUCUUGCUCAGUUUGCUUCUUCAAAAUCCAUCAUGAUUAGCCGACCGCUGUGGACUUGUUGCUUUGAGGGUUUGCUGUGCUGUUUCCCUCUCACUUUGAGCAAAUAGCUGAAAGUGCAAUGUGGCUAAUCAGGCACACCCUGCUUUUCUCAAAAGAUGUUGAUAAACGGGUCUUCCUAAUUCCUUUUGCCCUCUUUAACAAAACUGCUGGGCUGAGUGGAAUGUAGCUGACGGUGAAGAUUUAAAGGAGGAACCCAAGAGCUUGAGUGUAUGAAAUGAAUGCUCUAGACUAGUAGGAGGAGGAAAUAAUAAUAAUAAUAAUAAUAAUAAUAAUAAUAAUAAUAAUAAUAAUAAUAUGUGAUCUAUGAAGCCUUAAUUUUGCACACUGAAAAUGGGCCUUUGAAUGGGAACUGAGGAAGAUCACUGCAGGUGCAGCUGUUUGUUAGGCAAAUGGCACUCUACUGACACCUAGCGACAUUCUGUGAGCAUUACCUCACAGUAGAAAAACAAAGGUUGCUUCACACACAACUUUUUAUCGUUAUGUAUGUUGGUGAUGGAUGCAUAUAAACCGGCCUUUAUUUUCCUAUUUAGGUUUUUAAUAUAGCCACAAACAAAAAUAGGUGCUAUGUCAAAUAUUUUCUGCUCUUUUAAACAGCACAAAAGCCACAGUUUGGCUGGAUGCACAUGAUCAAAUGUCACUUUCCCCCUUUUUCCUUGCAAGAGGAUGCUAAUUAAGCUGUUUAGCACCUUCAAGCAUUGGAUUUCCACCAUUUGUUCCAACAUAAGCCCUGUUUGGGUGUUCAGGCACUCUGCAUGUAAACAAACACAUGAAGAGAUGUGGGAAGGGGGUGCCAAAGCCCACCCCUUACAGCUCAUCAUCCAUACCCCAUUUUAUAUGAAAGUUCUGCAGCUGGGAGUCUUCUGUACUCAUGGUGGCUGCUCUGCUGCUCAGUGGUAGAGCAUCUGCCUUGCAUAUAGGAGUUCCAAGAUUCAAUCCCUGGCACUGCUGUGUAAACCGUUGCCUGAAAUUCUGGAGAGCUGCUGCCAGGCAAUGUACACAAAAUCCUCAUCUAGAUGGACCAUUUUUCUGAUUCAUUAUAAGGCUGGGUCCCCAUGAAACUAAUACAAAUAGGAGGGUUUAAAUAGUGCAAGCAGCUCAGCCUCCACAAGAAGAGGCGGCUCCCCACCUGUCUUCACACCACUGGAGUCCCUCAAGCAGAGUGUGUUUGGUGUAGCCAUUUUGGGACUCUUGGGUGAUCAGGAACUGAGGCUAACAUUAACUGUCCUCUAAGCUGUGCAGCAAGACCUAGACUGCAUGCCUGCAUUAUUCAUAGGCUACAUAGUCAGCUUCAAAUGACACACAAUUCUGCAUGCAGAAUCCUCAGCUUGUACAAAUCCUAGGAAAUCCUAGUCUGAUUUACACUUUAUGUUGCAGUCUCUCAUACAUCUUAAUAGGGAACACUCAAAUGUUUGAAGCAGGUAUAUCCCCACCCUACCCCACCCCCCAAAAAUCACGGCUCCUUAGUGAGUGUUCACCCUGUCUUGUUACAGAUCUCUCCCCGUAUUUGCAAAGUCCACCACAGUAUGGAGUGGACCGGAGAUUCCUGCUUUUUAAAAAAUGAAAACACCUUAAUGAAUUUAUUAUAAAGGGCUGCUUCUGCUUGUGACUGAGUUCAAAGGAAGGGGAUUUGCCAAGGGCGUACCCACCAUGCGGCAAGUUAGGGCAGCUGCCCUACUCUAGAAGCAGGGCUGGUGGGCAGAGGCGGAGCACAGCCCGGCGGAGCGCGAGUUCGCCAUUCGCGCCGCGCCGCACCCUCCCUCCAGCUCCCCGGCGCGCCCUCAGGCAAGGCCAAGCGCGGCGGGGAACCAGGGAGCGGGGAACCCACGCUCCUCCUCGCACAGCCUACAGCGUCAGGAGCGCUGCCAAAAGGCUUCCUCCCUGCAACAAGGCGCUGCGGAUUUGAGUUCCGCUCUCAGAGCCCGCGCCUCCUUUGCAGCAACGCGGUGAGAGGGCUUCUCCCAUCCCACCCACUUCCUUCUCCCCACCCCCCACAAAUACGGUACUGGGCACCCGCCCCCCUCUCGAAAGCUGCUCGAUCAUUGCCUGUGCCUGCCUGCAGUGCCUUCAUUUCAAGCGGGCUCAGGGUUUGCAAGGCGACGGUUGUGUGCACAGCGCGCACGGAUUCGGAAUCGGCCUCGAUGAACGCGGCGGGGCUGACUCAACAGAUGCACUGCAGGGAUGCGCAGGUUCUCCAGCGAGACUGGCGGGAUUUCCACCGCCCCCUCCAUUAUCUCUACGCAGACCUUUUCCUGCCUCCUUCCCCCAAAGCCCCGUAUUUCCUUUCCUCCCGGUAGACAUCCCCGCUUUUUGCAACGCGGUUGUCAGACCCAAAGCAAAAUAAUUAAGACGCCGUCGGCAGAACCGCGGCUAUCUUUUUGUGAGACAUCAAUUAGGGAUAAAGGGGCAGGUUUGUUCCAAGGGAUGCUGCGGUGCGACAAUACUUCGAUACGUGUCUUGUUACGUAGUAAGAGGUAACCCGUUUGCGAUCAGGCUGGCCGCCACACAACCUCCCGCAGCCCAUAUAAUCCUAGCAGAGACCGUUUUCCCAACGGAGUUGCUAUAUACAGUAUAUAUAUGCUGUGCUCUGUCUUUACUCGUCUUGCAUUAACAUAUGUCCUUCUCUACCACACACAUCUAUUGCAAUCCGCAAACCUUAAGCCACCAGCAGAUACGCUCAUCAAAUGUUCUAUUUUAAGAACAUUUUAAAAGCAUCUGUUCCCGCCCACUUUGUUCGCUGUUCCCGCCCACUUUGUGGCCCCUCCCCCUUUCGUGCCUUGGCCCCUCCCCUUGCCCCCCCCUAGUUUUGAUCCUGGGUACGCCCAUGGGAUUUGCCCCAAAUAAGAAAAACUAAUAUUUUAAAGAAAAAUGCAAUUUGAAAGCUUUUAGCUUUCACAGCUCUAGCAAUUUAGAAAGUUGCAUUUUGUAUGUGUGGCCGGUUUGGUGAAUCGGUUCAUGGUUCACUGCAAACAGCAAUGCAGACCUAGGUUCAAAUUCCCGCUGAGCCACCAGCCUAACCUACUUCUUGGAGGAAAACACAUGAAAGAGAUUUUACUGCAACAUUGAAAUACCUGAAUUGUGUACUUGGUUCAUGAUAGCUAAUCAAGUCUGUAUUUUAAGCUGUAAGAGAUGGAAGAGUUUGGGAAGCCAUGCACCGCAUAGCUUAAGAGGGGUAUCCAAUGUCUUGCCCUCCAGAUGUUUCUGAGCUACAUCAUUCUACACCAUUGGCCAUGCCUGCUGGGGUGAUAGUUGUAGUCUACCAACAUUUCCAGGGCACUACAUUGGCUACCCCUGGCUUAAUACAUGUGCUAAGCAUCUUAAUACUGAUACUAGGGAGCUCUCAAGACUUUGUGAGCUUGUGUGUCCUAUCACCAAUUGAGUGCUGUUCUGGAUUGUGGCCAGAGACUGUAUGCUGUUCAUUCUGGGGAGGUGGGGAGGAAAGAGUUGUACAAAAACAGGUAUUAGAGCACGGGUGUCAAACACAAGGCCCGGGGGCCAAAUCCGGCCCGCCAGACCUCACCAUGUGGCCCGCCG